CAGAAACCAGGACACUUGCCUUUCUUUACACCCUAGCAGGAUAUCAGUUCACCUGCCGAUUCAUCUUUAAGGGAUGAACAGCCAGUACAUGCGCAGGGAAGUCUUCUGCUGCGAGACCUGCGAUGAGCUCAAAAGCUUCUGGGAAAAGGAGAUUCACAAACAGACUUGUUACCGAGAACUGGAAGAAGAUCGCCAGGGGAGAAGCGCUCUGAGAAAGCUUAGAGAAGAAUGGAAGGAGAGGCUGGAGAAGAGGCUGAGAAUGCUGGAUAAUCCUGAUGACAAGGAAAAGCAGGCUAACCCUGAGAACUGA